GCUUACGUGAGGAAUUCGCGUCGCAAACACACCACACGCACAGGCACACGGGCACUCGCGAGUUCUGGGGCGGGCACAGAGAGAGCGAGAGUAAUUAUCUUCUUUUCCCACAUUUCCUUUUCUUCUUGUGCCUCUCGUUCUCCAGCGGCUCGAAGAUGCUGGGCAACGCCUCUCGCCUCGGCCUGCGCCUGUUGCAAAUAGAGAAGGUGACCCCGGGCUCCCGCAAGGUGUCGACCACCGCCGCCGCUCUGAGGAACUACGCCCAAGUGCCCAGGGAACUGCAGAAGAAGAUGGUGACCUUCCAGGUUGACAACGGGCUGCCUGUGCACGUCCGCGGCGGCGUCUUCGACAAGGUCCUCCUGGCGUUCACCUACGUGGUCUGCGGCCUCGGGCUGUUCGACUGCGCCAGGGUGUACUAUGUGCUCUCGUACCCGGCGAAGGAGAAGUAAGGGGAAGGAGGAGAAGGAAGGAGGAGGAGGGAUAAGGAGGAGGAGGAGGGAUAAGGAGGAGGAGGA